UAUAAUUUACAGUCAUUUACUACUAUGUUUUCGUUUUUGAACAUUUUUAAUAAUUCAAAACCUAGUGCUGACAAAAAAAUGACAUUGGAUCCUCUUAGUGGAAAAACAUUAAAUCUCAACGGUUCAGAAGCGAGGGCUCUUAACAUUUUCAACCACAAGCAGCCUGUUUCCCAUAAGCUAAAUGGAAACAAUACAUCUUUCAAAACCAAUUGUAAAGCCAAUGUGACAAAUCCUGGCUUUAGUUUUCGUAUUGCUCAAAAAGCUCGUGAAAUAGGGUCAAUGACACCGUCAACUGAUGUUUCACUUUUAUCGGAUUCAUGCAUUUCAAAGAACAGCAUUAAUAAUAGUACCAAUAGUAAUCACUCUCUUAGAGAUGACAAAAAACGUAAACUGAUGGAAACAUUGGACAAUUUUGGUAUAAGGAAAAGAACUCGCCAGGAGUGUGGAGUUGAUACAUUUGUAAAUCGUCGGCGGAAAACUAUAAGUGUAACCACCAAUUGGGUAGCUUCAUUUAAUGGAAUGGAUAAAGUGAAUAACAGCGUAGUUCCUCGAACAGUAAUUAAUGCAAAAACAGUUCGUGGUGAUAUUGAAAAAAAACUAAUCAAAAGACAUGGAGAUAAGUAUAAUGAUAAUCAUUUACAAAAGCGGCCUAAAACUCGAAACAAUGAAAUUUUUAGUUCUUACAGCUCUAGCAAGUUUCUACUUACACCCGGACAGAAAAGAACCUAUCCUAAUGACUCUGAAGAUGAUUAUUGUCCCAGUCCAAAACACUGCAAAAGCUGUACUUGUUGUGGAUCUACAAUAUUGUUGCACAAUGACAAAAACCCGUUAAAUAAAAUUGAUAAAACUACUGAAACUGAUAUAUCAGAUGAUUUAGUGACAGUUGCAGCUAGCCGAAUUUUCAAUAGAAGUGGAAAAAUGCAGGUUGUUAAAAGAAAAAGUAUGAAAACAAUACUCGAUGAGGUAUUUGAUGAUGUCGAUCCUGAACCAUUUACUAGUUUAGAAAAAAUAGAACAAAAAAAAAAUAAUGUCCAAGAAAAAACUGUAUCCACCAACGAUUCACAACACUCUUCUUUAUUAAAAAACACAAAUUUUAAUUUAACUUCCGACUCGGUUAUUACACCAGUAUUGACAACUUCUGUUUCUGAUUUAAACCAAUCAAAAUUACCUCCAUGUUUUACGUCAUCUAUCGCCACAACAACUCAAUCUGUUGAUCUACCUAAAAAUCUGAAGGAUAAAAGUGAAAUUGAUGGGAAACAAAAUGAAAGUCAAUCUUUAAAAAAUAUUGUUGAAACACCAAAAACCGAUUUUAAUAUUAUUGAACCUGCAAAACCAAUUUCCCAAACUCCUAAAGUUAAUGAGAAUUCGACAAAAGAAAUUAUCAACAUUGAAAAAGCUCCAUUUCAGUUUUCUAUACAAACUUCAAAGUCUAUUGAGCCUAAUUCAAGUUCAACAGAUUCCAAUAAACCUGCAGCUGUCAGUGAAACUACCAAGAACGAAACAAAUAAAAAUCAGAACAUACCAGUAAUACAGUUUGGUACUCAGUCGCCAUUAAAAAAAUCUAAAGAAAAUCCAGUAUUGAAUUUGGAGAGUUCACCUAAACAACCAACCUUUACUUUUGGAACAGCUAAAACUGAUGAUAAACAGUCUACACCGGCAUUUCAGUUUGGUGCUCCUAAAUCUAAUGAUAAGGUCCUGUCUGUUAUGCAGUUUGGAUCGUCUAAUGUUGGAAAGUCUACAGUUCCAGAUAUGCAAUUUGUAGUGCCAAAAACUGACGAAAAACAACCAAAACACGUUUCUCCUAAUGCACCAGAAAACACAAGUGCAGUUAAACCUGUAUUUUCAUUUGGUAAAAAUGUUACUGAGAAUACAAAAGCUCCAGAACCUAUAAAAUUCCAAUUUGGUGGUCCAACCAAACCUGUUGAUAGCAUUCCUACUACCUCGACUGGAACUGAAUCUAAAACUUUGUUUGGGUCGAAUACUACAGCAUUGGGUGCAAGUCCGUUUAGUUUCGGAAAACCCACUGAACCAAAAACAACAACUGCAAGUGUUGCGGCCAAAUUUAAUCUUACACCACAAUCUACAAUUGAAGGAUCUGCUACAAAAUUACAGUUUGGCGCAAUGUCUUCUUCGGUAUUUAGCAACUCGUUAACAGAUCAAACUAAAACUCAAUUAAGCAACACUGUUGGCCUGCCUGUUAAUAACCAAGACACUAAAUUGAUUUUUGGAACCUCGAGUACAGAAGUAAAACCAGUAACGUCAACUCCAGGAGGGUCUUUUAACAUACCAAUGUUUAAUAAUAGCGGUAAUAAUGCAACGAGUCCUGUAUUUCAAUUUAACAGUACAAGUACAAAACGCGAUGAAAAACCACCAGGAUCGUUAGGUAACACUUUUCAGUUUUCUGCAGCAAAAUCUACACCUUCAUUUGGUUUGCUGUCAUCCCCACCAAGUUUUGUGGACAAAAAAGCAUUCGAAUUUAAUGCCCGAAAAACAGAUGAUCAAAAAACUCAGUUUUCAACUCCAGCUUUUGGGUCGCAAACUGCAGCUGCUGCUCCAUUUAAAUUUGGAGGAAGUGAUAAGCCUACAGCUUUUGGAAAUACGUUUACUCCACCAAAUCAAUCCCUGCAGUUCCAUAACAAAACAGAACCAAAAUCUGAACCUUUCAAAUUCAGUGCACCAGCUUCAGCCAGCAAUGCAUUUCAGUUUGGUGGAGCCAAAAAAGCUGAUAGUGAACCACUUAAGUUCGGUCAAAAUACAAAUGCAUUCAGUCCUUCAGGGUUUAGUGGCUUUGGCACUUCAGUGUCAUCACAGCCAACACCUGCAUUUGGCAAUAUUUCACCACCACAACCUUCUCCAUUCGGUAAUGUCGUCGCUCCUGAAUCCAAAUCAUCAUUUGGAAAUGUAGCUUCACCUUCGUCUGCCUCAUUUGGGUCCAGUGGGGGUUUCCAGUUUGGCAGUACAAAUAACUCGGUACCUAGUAAUCCAUCAACAACAUUUAGCUUUGGUGGGCCACCACAGCCAGCAAAGUCAGAAGGCGCUUUUGGUUUCAAUGCAGGUCCGACAGGAGCUUCACCAUUCCAGUUUGGACAAGCACUAUCAGUGUCUUCCCUUCCUCAAUUUACUGGAGGACAACAACAAGGUGCAUUUGGUUUUGGAACACCUCCCCAACAAGCACCAGGAAUUCAGGGAUCAGGUCAAGCAUUAUUCAGUAUUGGUGCAGCUCCAGCUGGAGAGAGGAGAAAAGCUAAAGCUGUUAGGAGGCGAAAUAAUUAGCUUAUAAUGUCAAAAUUGCAUAUAAUAAUAAAAAUAUAUAUUGUAUAUAUUAUAUUGAGUAAAUAAAUAUUCACUGUACUUUUUGGCUAUUGUCUGUAACCAUAAGAAUACAAUUUUAGUCAUAAUAUAAAAAUCAGUUCAUUGGUUACUGUCUGUUACAAAAAAAUAUGAAUGACCUAAAAUGUUUAACUGUAAUAUAAUUGCUAUAAUUGUU